CUCUUUCACACUACAGGUUUUACUGCUCUCACCAGCUUGGAGGGAAGAUGUGGCUUUUGACAGCUCUUCUCCUUUGGGUUCCAGUUGGUGGGCAAGUAGACUUCAUAAAGGCAGUGAUCAUCUUGCAGCCUCCGUAUUUCAAUAUGUUCCGAGAAGAAAAUGUAGCCUUGAGAUGUGAGGGACCCCAGUUCCCUGGGCACAGCUCGGUACAGUGGCUCCUCAAUGGAGCAACCAUUCAGAUCUCAACUCCCAGACACAGCAUCACUGCAGCAAGUUUCAGUGACAGUGGUGAAUACACGUGCCAGACAGGGCUCUCAGCACCAAGUGAUCCUGUGCAACUGGAAAUCCACGCAGAAGCAAGAAGAACACUGCUACCAAAAGAAAGAAAGAAAACUACGAAAGAGAACUACAGAUCAAUCUCCCUAAUGAACAGAGAGGCAAAAAUUCUCAAGAUACUGGAAAACAGAAUGCAGCCUGUAAUCAAGAAGGUUAUGCAUCAUGACCAAUUUGGAUUUACCCCAAGGUUUUAUGCUUUCACCAGCUUGGAGGGAACAUGUGGCUUUUGACAGCUCUUCUCCUUUGGGUUCCAGUUGGUGUGUAAGUGGGUGAGUGACAUUCAGCCCAACUUGAAAAAGUUGAAAGGAGAGUAGGGGAAUGGGGAAAAACAAGCAAUAUCAUGUACAGUUACAAAUUAUAUAUGAUGAAUGUAAUUAUUAAGUAUAUCUAAAAUGUACCAAUAAAAUCUAAUU